AUGGGGAUUGAAUUUUUACAGAACUGUAUGGAUUCGGUGAAAGAUGAACCUCAUUCAGACAGUGAGACUUGUCGGGAUGGAAAUCAGGUCAUCAGUGUAAAAGCUGAGGAUGUCUCGGAUAUGGAAAUUGAAGAACACUAUGUGGCAAUAACAUUUCCAUUAAAGUGUCGAUUGUCGUCAUGUAUUCUAAGAGGCAACCUGAAGACUCAUCAAGGCAUACACAGAGGAGAGAAUCCAUAUGGCUGUAAUGUGUGCAAUAAAUCAUUCAAUCUAAGAGGCAACCUGAAGACUCAUCAACACAUUCACAGUGGAGAGCAUCCAUAUGGCUGUAAUGUGUGCAAUAAAUCAUUCAAUCUAAGAGGCAACCUGAAGACUCAUCAACACAUUCACAGUGGAGAGCAUCCAUAUGGCUGUAAUGUGUGCAAUAAAUCAUUCAAUCUAAGAGGCAACCUGAAGACUCAUCAACACAUUCACAGUGGAGAGCAUCCAUAUGGCUGUAAUGUGUGCAAUAAAUCAUUCAAUCUAAGAGGCAACCUGAAGACUCAUCAACACAUUCACAGUGGAGAGCAUCCAUAUGGCUGUAAUGUGUGCAAUAAAUCAUUCAAUCUAAGAGGCAACCUGAAGACUCAUCAACACAUUCACAGUGGAGAGCAUCCAUAUGGCUGUAAUGUGUGCAAUAAAUCAUUCAAUCUAAGAGGCAACCUGAAGACUCAUCAACACAUUCACAGUGGAGAGCAUCCAUAUGGCUGUAAUGUGUGCAAUAAAUCAUUCAAUCUAAGAGGCAACCUGAAGACUCAUCAACACAUUCACAGUGGAGAGCAUCCAUAUGGCUGUAAUGUGUGCAAUAAAUCAUUCAAUCUAAGAGGCAACCUGAAGACUCAUCAACACAUUCACAGUGGAGAGCAUCCAUAUGGCUGUAAUGUGUGCAAUAAAUCAUUCAAUCUAAGAGGCAACCUGAAGACUCAUCAACACAUUCACAGUGGAGAGCAUCCAUAUGGCUGUAAUGUGUGCAAUAAAUCAUUCAAUCUAAGAGGCAACCUGAAGACUCAUCAACACAUUCACAGUGGAGAGCAUCCAUAUGGCUGUAAUGUGUGCAAUAAAUCAUUCAAUCUAAGAGGCAACCUGAAGACUCAUCAACACAUUCACAGUGGAGAGCAUCCAUAUGGCUGUAAUGUGUGCAAUAAAUCAUUCAAUCUAAGAGGCAACCUGAAGACUCAUCAACACAUUCACAGUGGAGAGCAUCCAUAUGGCUGUAAUGUGUGCAAUAAAUCAUUCAAUCUAAGAGGCAACCUGAAGACUCAUCAACACAUUCACAGUGGAGAGCAUCCAUAUGGCUGUAAUGUGUGCAAUAAAUCAUUCAAUCUAAGAGGCAACCUGAAGACUCAUCAAGGCAUACACAGUGGAGAGCAUCCAUGUGGCUGUAAUGUGUACAAUAAUUCAUUCAAUCUAAGAGGCAACCUGAAGACUCAUCAAGGCAUACACAGUGGAGAGCAUCCAUAUGGCUGUAAUGUGUACAAUAAAUCAUUCAGUCACAGAAGCCAGCUGAAGAUUCAUCAAUGCAUACACAGGGGAGAGCAGUGA